UGUGUCGUCAAGCGUAUUAGAAAUCACAAGUACUACCGUAGAAGUCGAUGAUCAUCAUGCUAUCUUUUCACUGUUGCUCGUUGUAUGAGUAAAUGUUGAAAGAGUGAAUGAGUGAGUCAUUGUGUAAAUGUUGUGAGUCGUUUUAUGAUCAAGAUGAAACAUGUUAGAAGAACAAAAUGACGUUGCAUGGAGCUAGGUUCUUCGGUAUGAAGUUUCGGACGAAGAAGAGGCACCACUGCUAUUAAGGUCAGGUUUUAUCCAUCUUCGUCGGCAUCUUGGUACAACCCUUUUCCCUUGUAUUUCAUGGAAAAGGGGUCGAGAUGAGGGGACCGAGAUGAAUAAGCCCUGCCUCUAAUAUUAGUAGUGGCUGCUUCUACAGGUACCGCCGGGUGACGAGGACGUGGGGACAACCUUUUGCGCAGGCAUGUUGAGAUGUUGUAUUACGUACAGGAGAAACAUCAAGCGAAUUUUUCGUCAAAAAUGAGGAUUGAAAGAACAAUAGUACUAAUUUUUCAUGACCCUAAUGAAGUUCUGUCAUGAAGUAAAGUAGUAGAAUCUUAGGGAUGAAGAUUUGGGCUUUUCUACCAAGGGAUCGCAUCUCACUCAUAUUCUUUCGUAGAGAUGAGGACCUGUCAUCUAUGAAAGGCAGUAAUAAGAUUUGUGGCUCACGACGAGUCAGUUAGAGUCUUCAAGAUGAACAUCAAAAGACUCAUAUUGAUAUUGUAAUACAAGCUCUAUUAUAAGUCAAAGUCUAAUAUUAGGUGACUGCGGCGAACAGCACCAACCACCUAGUAGACUUGCACUUCGACCACCUAUAAUGAAGCUCUAAGCGAAUGCUAAGACAUCAGAGAAGGGACAACGACCACUAAGAGGCUGCAAGAACUUCAUCAUCAAGUCCACCGAGUGUGCCAAUACAUAGUUGACAUCGAGAUCACAGCGACUAGCUACGACUACGCUCGAUCGACUGCAGCAGCGGCAAGUGGAGUAGUCAACUUCAAUCUAAAUCCAUACAUACACUCACUACAACGACCUAACCUUAGGCCCGAAACCCGUCUACAACUUGCCUUCCAAGAAGCUGAGUCGGGCGGUCCAGUUCUUGAUCGCGAGAAAGUAGCGCCUCUGGAGGAUUUCUACAGGAUGAACAUCUUUCGCUUCUUCGGAGAUAUGCUCCACCUGGCGAGCAUUCUCCUUUUUUAAGGCUACUUCUUCUUACUGUAGUCCCAUGUUGUGUGGGGAAUGUUAGGCAAGUUGCCAAAUAGAUUCGAGUCGUCAGAUAGUGAAAGACAACUACCUUUGCUCUAACCUGUGCUAUGGAAAAUCAACAAAAAUAAGAGCUGCGUUGGAGUCAGCUGUCGGAUGCAGGAGGUUUACUUAAGGCAAAAGGUUGAUACUACACGUACUUCUUGUGGUCUGUCACAACUAUCUAUCAGAUACGACUAUCUAUGGAUACACUGAAAAAACUCGAAAUCAGCGCCAGCGGCUCCAAAAACGGUCUCAGCAUAGGUAAGUUGGUGAUUCUGUGGAGAAUAAAAAAGGACGACUUCUAUAAUUAUUGAAGAGAUAUUUAUAACGUCUUAUGCAUAAAGAAAAUUGACUAGUUUACUUCCCUUCGACUAUAUCCCUUCCAGCAACGUCUUUGGCCUACUUCCACUUCCUCGGUCAAAGUCACAACUUUUGAAUAAAGUCUUGUCGCCACUACUUCUACUAGCUUUUUUCUAGUUAGGCUGGCUCCACCACUACUAUCAAAUAAAGUCUUGGCUUCGCUUAAAGCGAAGCCAACUACGGCAUACAUUCAUCUACGGCAUACAUUCAUCUACGGCAUACAACGAACGGCAUACAUUCAUCUCUGGGCGAGGUGGUGAAAGAGAGUGUUGUCAUUUGAAUGAGUUGCAAUCAUUCGUACCCCUGGAAUGGGUUUACUACUACUACUGCUAUCAUCUAGAAGAUCCACUAGGCUAGAGUUACUUACUAAAUGCGAUACCAUGAUGAUGUACUCAUCUAAUUUCCCUCAUCGUUUUCUGCUGCCGAUAUCUGGACCUGCUAUACGAGUUCAUAUCGAUCUACAACAGCGCGAUGAAAAUUUUCUUUAUGAAGAAUAGAGGAGAAAACUUCGUAGACUAAAUAGAAGGACUUCUUACCCCCUACAUACUAGUACAGGCAUUUUAUAGCGCUCCCGAAUGAAUUCUCCAAUCUCGUGGCCCUCGUCUUUCCUUUUAUUAUUAGAGUAGGACUCAGUAUGUUCUUUUGCGCUGUUCUCAUUCGCCUCAAAGCUUAUCACCUAUCUACAAGAAAGGCAACUCAAUCAAAGGAUUCGCUCAUUGAUGAGUGGCUCGCGGGGUACAGCGAGUCCUCCUCUUGUUCGGAUGGGUUGGAGCAGGUGGGCGGGCUACUACGCUCACGGGCGGGUAGCGAGGUACUGCGCGCUGAGUCGUUGCGUUUUGGCGCUAUAUUUGGCGUGGGAUUGCAGCUCUGGCAAUGGUGGUGAUUCAAUGCUCAGUAGGGUGCACUGGAGAACUUCCGCUGCAAUAGACUAGGCGCCCAAUUUAAUUUCAAUCAGUGAGCGAGAAUCCUCUGAUUGAGUGGUAUAUAAAAAAAGCACUCCAGAGCCAGAGGAGCGCGAGCGCUAAACUGCUCAUCUUGUCGACGGGGUAUAUGGUGUAUUUAAUGCGGUUUAAGCCACCGAUUAACCAGACCUACGAUCGCAGUGUCGACAGCUUCAAGUAUGAGCUCUACUUUCUGGUGCCAUGCGUAAUUUUAUGCGAAAAGACUAAUUAGAUAAAGAUACUGGCUGAGUAACGAUACUAAGUAGAUAAAACAAAUGCGGCUGUAAUUGUAAACAAUCAUAAUCAUGAAGACCGACGUCACCUGGUGGAGCACCUGACUCCAUGCGCAGAAAAGGCGAUAAAACUCACCGCUCUAAAGCAGGGGCUAUAGCUGAGGUUGACCACUGACAUUGUCUUCUAAUCUUUUUAUGCUUAGGUGGGCCCCAACCUAUCCUCUAAUCUUUUUAGGCUGCAUAACGUGCGCGGAGCUAGUACCGACAGAAAUAUUAUGGGCGAGCUCCAUUUUCCUCGAGGCAGUGGCAAUAACUCCGCAGCUCGUGCUAUUGGCGAAAAUGCGAGAAGUACAACGUUAUACUUUUAUCACUUAGAGACUACUUGUCAAGAGCCACAGCUCAGUUAGAAGUAGCUUCUCUCGACAUUCCUACUUUACUAGAAAACAAGAACAUCUUUUUUUGAGUAGUUCUAAGGCAGUUCACGAGAUUGAUUACAUCCUUGCAGGUCAGAGACAACUAGGUGGAAGUAAGUUGUUCAGUCAGCUCCUUGCAAAUCAAAGGUUCAGUUACCUCCUUGCAAAUCAAGUAAAUUUUUCAGUCAACUAGGCGGAUUACCUUCUUGCAAAUCAAAGGUGGAAGUAAAUUGUUCAGUCCACUCUUGUUCAAGCAAAUGAAUCAAGGCGAAUGAUAACCUCCUGACCUCACAUUUCGUUGAAAUGAACAAUCAAGGUAGAAAACCUGACCUCGCAUUUCGUUGCAGCCAUGGGACUUUAUAGGACUUUCUAUAUCCUCAACUGGAUUUACAAGUAUCUGGUCGACAAAACCUACGAUCCAAUAGCGAUACUUGGCGGUAAUCUUCUUUGGUUUUUUGGCAAUUUAUAUAUACUCUGGGUGAGUCGAUGCCUCGAGCGAUACUUGGUGGUCCACUUCUAUGGUUUUUUGGCAAUUCAUUUUUUUAUAGAGGUGUAACUGACAUAGAUACGCCGCCCAGAGCCGGCACAUUCAUUCACUUACUCAUAGAUUGGGUAGGCUUAGGCUGCUCGUAAUCUUUGCAUUGUUCUUUCCGCUGCUUCAAAGCUUAUUCAUCUGACUCAAACGGCGGCGUUGACAACAUCUAUUCACCUUGAUGUGCAUUUUCUUCAGGUAUCGUCCAGACGGUGUUAUAUUGUGACUUCUUUUACUACUAUGCCAUGAGCAAGUGGUAUGGGAAUCGGCUGGUGCUGCCAAUGGCUACGUAGAAGCUACACAGAAGACUCUUAUGAUUGGCUGUUGAUGUUAUGUUUUUCAGCAAGCUAUAGUACUUUAACAACUACUAAAAACGAUAAUUAUAAUGGUCUGAUGUCUGUCACCUCUUGGAUUAGAGGCACCCGCAUAUAUUAUGUCUACCAAGAAUAAAGUAAGUACGUCGUCGUCGUGUACUAUUUUAAUCAACAUCCAGAUCCAUGAUCAGUGGCUAAAAGGUGCUAUAAUAUUACGGCUUCAACAAGUGGCGGGUGGUGGGACUCGGGUGCGGAUUUUCACUUGGACAAGGCGGGGCGUCGCUGCUGAGAGGGGGCUGUUUGAUGCGCGACGAUGAUCAGCAUGGUGACGAUAGAGCUCCUGAUUCUACUUCUGGCUAGGGAAGCUGCAACAUCUUUGCUCGUCGUGAUUUAGGUAAGGUCUUGUAGUUGUUUCUGUGUCUUGAGGACUUCGUUCUGAUUAUAGUGGUUGGAUCCACGUGUUCUCCAUCUUCGUCAGGUACAAGAAAGAAGUAUUAUGUAGUUCCAACUGGUUGAAAAAGUAUAAAAGUCAGGAUAUGGAGGAUUUCGCUGUGGUAGUAUAUGGAGGCGUAGGAAUAUUUGAGGCUCAACGUGAUGCCAUAUACUUGCAAGCGGAGUACUUGUUGAGCUUGAGUUGUUUGCUUUGUAACUUUGUCGAAAUGGAAGGAAACUGCUUCUACCACGAAUACUAUAUGUAAAAAUUAUAAACUUCAAACUUCAGCAAGAUCUUCAUACUUCUCUACGACGUCUACUCGGCUGCUCUCUAGUACGUCUACAGCAGCCCUCUCGCAGGCCUAGGGGAAAGAAUCGUCAGCAUCCAUGUGGCAAGGAACUGCAUGAGAUUCGACGCAGAUACUAGUGACUUCCCCUGUAUAUGGACUGAGUAUU